UCCUCGACUGCUAUUGGAGACUCGUGUCUGCACAAAAGAGAGAAGAAGGAGAAACAGAAAAAAAAAGAAAGGGAAAGAGCGGCGAGGAGGAGUGUCGUAUCCUAAACUAAGAGAUGUUUGAUUGAACUUCCAAAAGAGUCAUCAAAUCAUGCAAACUCUGAGAGGAGCUAAGUAAAGGUUCAAGAGAAGAGAAGAUGUGUGAGGAGAUCAUCUUCAACGAGGCAGGAAACACACAGAGCAGGUAAAUGGGGAUCUCCUUCCCAGUUCCCACGUCCAUGCAGCGAGGUGUCCAAUGGCCAGAACAGAGCUGUCCACGUGAGAAGGGAGUCUUAGAAGAGAAGAGCAGACAGUUGUAAAGAGAGAAGAGUUUCACACGGAGCAAUGGCCUCAGGCAAAGGGAAUGGCACGGCUGAGCGACUGGAGCCCUUCAAGCAAGAGGACUGUGAGUGGGGCACCCCGGAGUAUUUGUGCGUGAAGGUGGAGGAUUGCGAAGGAGCAAUUUCGGAUCUCAAAGAGGAGGAGUUUGAAGUGGAGCUGGUUCAAAUUAAAGAUGAGGAUUCUGAAGAUUUGCCAGUUAGCUUUGAACUGCAAAAGCAUGAAAUCGAGAAUAAUACUUCUGAAGAUUCUUAUUCUUGUGUACAGCCUUGGUUCACUAAUAUAGGGCAGCUGCUUUCCCAACGUAAUUCUGUGGAGCUGAAAUCUGAGAUAUCCGAGUUUGAGGGGAAAACCACCGAAGGAAACAGCAGGGAAGCAGAAGAGCAGCAGUCGUCUAGAAGUUUUGAUGUACAGGAGAAUAACAGCUUUUCACCGCCAUUCUUUGCUCAGCGCAGACCACAACACAAACAGGACAUGGAAAAGAUGAAAAAAUCAACAAGCGGAUCAGAGAAUUUGACCUCCGCUUCUGCCACUUUUAAACAGAGAGAAGCCCUCAAUACGGACCAACAAGGAGUUCCUAGCACAGAACAAGAGGCCUUGAGUGCUGGCCAAGAGGGCAGAAAAACAUUCCAAAACAAAUCUGAGUGCAGCAAUCACACAUUGAAUCAUGCAAGGCUGAAACCGUAUUGCUGUUCUAAAUGUGGCAAACGAUUCUCUUACAGCAAUGAUCUCCAAAAACAUACAAGAAUCCAUACUGGAGAGAAGCCGUAUGGCUGUACUGUAUGUGGCAAAAGAUUCUCUAACAGCAGUAAUCUCCAAAAACAUACAAGAAUUCACACUGGAGAAAAGCCAUACGGUUGUUCUGAAUGUGGUAAAAGAUUCUCCAACAGUAGCCACCUCCAGCAUCACAAAAGAACCCAUACUGGAGAUAAGCCCUAUUGCUGUUUUGAAUGUGGCAAACGAUUCUCUUCCAGUAGUGGUCUCCAAACACAUACAAGAGCCCACACUGGAGAAAAACCAUAUGACUGUGUUGAAUGUGGCAAAAAAUUCACCAAUAGUAGCAACCUUCAGCGUCACUCAAGAAUUCAUACUGGAGAGAAGGCGUAUUGUUGUACUGAAUGUGGCAAACGAUUCACUGACAGUAGUGGCCUUCGCAGACAUAUAAGAGUUCACACCAGAGAAAAUCGGUAUGGCUGUGCUGAAUGUGGCAAACAAUUCCCUGACAGUAGUGCUCUUCAGCAGCAUAAACAAAUUCAUACCGGAGAAAGCGAUAUUGGUGUUCUGAAUGUGGUAAAAGAUUCUCUCAUAACUGCGGUCUUCAGAAUAACAUAACUCACACUAUUCUGCACUUCUGAAAUUACAGAAGAGUUUCCCAAAACAGCAACUUUCACAAUCAUUCAAGAAAAGGUCACAUUGCACAUUGCUGCUCUAAAUGAGGUAUAGGAUUCACACUUGUAAGCGAUUUCCACAGGCAAUUAAGAUUUAACA